CUGACUGCAUCUCAUUUGCCCGACCGAAGCAAAAUUGGGCUUUUAGUCGAAGAGUUCUUCAACAACAUCCACCCGUUGCGGUGCUUCGCCUUUAUUCACAGGCCCUCAUUUCUUCAAAGGCUUGACAAAGAUGGCCCGAAAAGAUAUCAAAGCCAUGCACUUUUGCACAUAAUUUGUGCACUGGGAGCCCAUGAAACAAUGUCUCCACUUCCAACAAAAUCUGUUCUUAUGGCUGGAGCUGAAUGGGCCAAGAUCGCCCAAAAGCUAAUUCUCGAGGCGCUUGAUACAGCAUCAGUCCUGCUUCAUGAUCAUGCCGUCCGCAUGGGAAAUUUUGCAAAUGCAUUUAUGCUUAGUGGACUUAUAACACGAAUGACUCAAGCACUCCAAAUUAACCUGGAAUACAAUACCGAUGUUCUUUGCCAGAAUAUUGAGGUAGGGCCCUCUGUCACGGCCAGGGAGUCCCGGCGAAGGUUAAUGUGGAGCUGUUAUAUUAUGGAUGCCCUUGUUGGUAGCGGGGUGGACCAACUUACUCUGGUCGAUGAGAAAGAUAUGAAGAUCCAAUUACCCUGCAACGAAAGGAAUUUCAUUCAGCAAAUUCCAUGUCUCACGGAGACUUUGGAGCCUGGGAACUGGCUGAAAUUUAUACCAGGUGAGCUCGACAGCGAUGCACUGAUGCCAAAUAUGGGAAUGAUGGCAUACUUUAUUCGCCAUAUUUCAAUUCGGAAAAGAGUAUUGAGAUAUAUCAAGCAUCUCGAUGAAGCGAUGGUUCCUUGGGAAGCACAGUCCGAAUUUGCACUUCUGGACCGUGAUUGUCGCAAUUGGUAUGAGUCCUUGCCGGCGAGCUUGCAAUUUACUCCGAAUGCAAUUUAUAUUCGAAAGGACUCGGCUCAGCUUGGCGCUCUUUGCGUAUUACAUUGCGCGCAUUAUCAAACAAUAUGCGACUUAUACCGACUGGGUGCACCGGCGCUUUACAAACUUCGUGCCGCCUUCGACUUUCCUCCAGAGCAACACGCUUUUCUGGGACACUUGCAAGAAGUCUUAUUCGAUGCUGCGAGGGCAUUGGCGACCAUAAUUGGCCAGACAGCUCAGCAUGGGACUAGAGCGUUGGCAGAUUCAUGGCUCCCGACUAUUACAUAUGAUAGCUGUCGAAUCAUGGUAUACCAUCUGACCCAAAUACUUGACCCCCGUGCUGAAGAAACAAAAACAAUCACCGCGGAGACUCUGCCACUUUUAAAGAGCAAUAUCGAUGCCUUGAAAUUGAUGGGAUCUCUGAGUGUCAUCGCAAACUCGUUAUGUUCCGCAGCAGAGACCAUGUUCGACCGAUCGGGCAUCGGUUCCGAGGUAGUCGCCCGGAACAGCAUUCCCGAUGACCCAUACCAAACAGGCGACGAAGACCCAAGUGAAAGUCUCCCUGGUACUCCAAUCCAAAGUGCACCAGACUAUGUGCUCAAUCCAUUAUCUAUUUUCCGUAUGGCACGCAAAUCUAUACCGGAACGACAUGCCCCAGAAAAGGCAACCACUUCAUCUGCGCCUAAUAGUGUCAUUCCUGAAUCUAACCCUGAUCUCGAUCAAUCAACCACCGGCGCUCCUACUGAGGGCCCAGGAUCAGGUGCCUCAAACGAUGUUGAGUUUGGACAAGCAAGCCUUGAAGAGCUGCAGACACUGUUCAUGUCAGAUCUAGGGUGGACAUGGCAACCGGCAGAUACUGCUGUCGGCUCAGGCAUUGAGGGAGCUGGGUUGAUGCCAUGGGCUGGAGGAUAUUCUGCUACGCAAGCGGAGCCUUGGCUUCCUGUAUUUCCUUUUCCACAGCAAAAUUGA